AUGGCCUGCCCGAGCCCCUCCCAGCUCCAGAAGUUUCAGGAGGAUGGAUUCCUGGUGCUGGAAGGAUUUUUAUCUGCAGAUGAAUGUGCCGCCAUGCAACAGAGGAUUGGCGAGCUAGUGGCUGACAUGGAUGUCCCUGUCCGCUGCCGCAUAGAAUUUUCCACCCAGGCAGAUGAGCAGCUGAGAACCAAAGGCAACAAAGACUAUUUCUUGAGCAGUGGCGACAAGAUUCGGUUCUUCUUCGAGAAAGGCGUUUUCGACAACAAAGGAAAUUUCCUGGUCCCUCCAGAGAAGUCCGUCAAUAAAAUUGGCCACGCUCUGCAUGCCUAUGACCCUGUCUUCAGGAGUGUCACAUACUCCCCCAAGGUGCAGGCUUUGGCCAAAAGUCUGGGCUUCCAGAUGCCCGUGGUCGUGCAGAGCAUGUACAUCUUUAAGCAACCUCACUUUGGUGGCGAAGUCACCCCUCACCAGGACUCCACCUUCCUGCACACGGAGCCCCUGGGCCGGCUGCUGGGCAUAUGGAUAGCAGUGGAAGAUGCCACUCUGGAGAAUGGCUGCCUCUGGUUCAUCCCAGGCUCCCAUACCGGUGGGGUGUCCAGAAGGCUGGUCAGGACCCCUGCUGGCUCGAAGCCUGACAUCAGCUUCCUUGGGUCAGAGCCUGUCUGGGAUGCCAGCCUCUUUGUGCCCACCCCAGUGCGGAGAGGGGACCUCGUCCUAAUCCAUGGAGAAGUGGUACACAAGAGUGAGCAGAACCUCUCCGACCACUCACGCCAUGCCUACACUUUCCAUCUCAUGGAGAGCUUGGGCACCGUCUGGAGCCCGGAGAACUGGCUCCAGCCAACAGCUGAGCUGCCCUUUCCCCCACUGUACACCUGA